AUGGAAUAUUCGAUGCCAGUUGAUCAGGGAACCCAAAACCCUGUCAGCGAAGAGUCCCAGAACAUAGCUCCCCAGUAUCAGGAGGUGGGAAAAUGUCAUCACCCUCCCUUCCCGAAGCCUUCUCACAUUCUCUUACUUACGACUUCCCGGGAUUUACCGCCUUACCGCCCUCUGUUCGUCGCGAUGUAUGCUGCGACACCUCUGUUGAACCUCACCUGCAAAAGCUUUUACUGGUGCAACCAGCUUCGACCGCAGCAAGAGGUGGCUCGAUGUGAAUUUGUCCAACUUUUCCUGGGCGCGCUGGCCGUAUCUAAAGCCUGGUAUGCUCUUACCAACGAGGAGCUCGAAGCAUUCGAGCAAAGUCGAUACUCGCGGAUGGAAGUCGAGUCCUUGGCGCGUCAACUCGAAGACUCGUUGCACCAAAUGAUGGUUCGCCUUGACGAUUUCUUCUUCUUUGGGGCUUUGACAAGAUACCCUCACAAGCCAAUUGGCACUAACAUUCCCAGGUACUCGCACGUGGAGUUGUGCACAGGCUUUGGCCUGACUGGCCAUGGUCCAACAUUCAUGAAGAUGUUUGGAUUGAUCAUGGAAACUGUUCGAACAUGGCAUCCUUCCCUCGAGUACGUGGGUCAAGAUAGAUGCGAUGAGGGCACAUGUUUUGACAGAGUCAAUCACGACCAUGAGCAAAGAGCUAUUGAGGCCUAUAAGAAGACAGGCAAACAUAAGGGAUAUCUUCCUCUGAGAUCGGACAGCCCCAAAACGCUCAUCCGGAUCGUCAAAGAAGACCUCCCCAAUGGAGAUUGCUUCUUCCACGUGGUUUAUUCUGACCCUCAACAGCAAAUCGAUCCAGACGCAGAGUACGUGGACGAUGAGAACGAUGGCGGUUAUAACGACAGUGAGGAAUAUGAGGAGGAUGAAGAUGACGAGAUGAAUGAUUUGUAG